CCUUCGGAACACAGAUCAGUCAGUCAGAAAACCUCCCUUGACCUCACAUACUCACGACCUCUGCCUCAUGUUGAAGCUCCAGAUCAUGAGAGUGGCGAGAACGGCUUCCUCUCGCCUGGAAGCCUCCGGAACUCCCUCGCCGACGACACUUGCUCGGAGAUCCUGCGGGUGGAGCAACGGGACGCCGAGGAGCAGCUCAACCGGAAGUCGUCGCCGCUCUCCAAGCUCGUCGCCACACUACAGCGGAUACGUUCCUGGACCACACGCGAGAGCCGCCAGGAACCAGAACGGCCAGACAGCUUUCUGGAAAAGAUGGCCAUGGCAGGCCAAGUCAGAGAAGCGGACGACACCCAGCACGCCUUCUGCUGCGGUGUCAUGAGGGGGGACUUCGCCAUCGACACCACCAAGCCAGCUCACUAUAAGUGGUUAUUCGUCAUGACGGCGGCUCUCCUGUACAACUGGGUGAUGAUCGUGGGUCGAGCCGUUUUCUGGGAGUUACAUAACCUCAGUCCGGCUCUUUGGCUCAGCCUGGACUACAUCUGUGACGGAGUGUAUGUUAUCGAUAUGGUUAUCAGAGCUCAUGAAGGAUAUCUCGAACAAGGCUUGAUGGUCAAGGAUCCGAGCAAGCUACGCAAGAACUACAUCAAGUCGUGGGGAUUCAAGCUUGACCUGAUAUCCAUCUUGCCCACUGACCUCGUCUAUCUCCUCACCGGCACUAACUGUGAUAAUUACGUCCCUGGGCCUGUACUUGUGAGGGUUAAUAGGCUUCUGCGGAUAUCGCGAAUGGGCGAGUUUUUCGACAAGACGGAGACGCGGACGAACUUCCCCAACGCCUUCAGGAUAUGCAAGGUCGUCCUCUACAUCCUCGUGAUCAUCCACUGGAACGCCUGCUUCUACUUCGCCAUCUCCUACGCCAUUGGCUUCGGCACGGACGGCUGGGUCUAUAAGAAUAUUACCAUAGGGAGGAACGGCACCUUUUCACAUCAGUAUAUAUAUAGCUUCUACUGGUCGACGCUCACCCUGACGACCAUCGGCGAGACCCCGCAGCCGGAGAAGGACAUCGAGUACCUCUUCGUGGUGGUGGACUUCCUCGUGGGCGUUCUGAUCUUCGCCACCAUCGUCGGGAACGUCGGCUCGAUGAUCACGAACAUGAACGCCGCCAGAGCUGAUUUCCAGAACCGGAUGGACGGCGUCAAACAAUACAUGGAAUUCCGCAAAGUGUCAAAGGACCUGGAGAACCGAGUCAUAAAGUGGUUCGAUUAUCUGUGGAGUAACAAGCAGAGUUUAGACGAGGAAGGGGUCUUGAAGUCUCUACCAGACAAACUUAAAGCAGAAAUUGCGAUCCACGUGCAUCUUGACACGUUAAAGCAAGUGCGGAUUUUCCAAGAUUGUGAGCCGGGCUUGCUUGUAGAGCUCGUUCUUAAGCUGAAACUACAGGUCUUCAGUCCGGGUGACUUCGUUUGCCGCAAGGGAGACGUCGGGAAGGAAAUGUACAUCGUGAAAAGAGGAAAGCUUUCUGUAGUGGCCGACGACGGAAAGACUGUGUACGCAACUUUAGGUGCUGGCAGUGUCUUCGGAGAGGUCUCGAUUCUGAACAUCGUCGGGAACAAGACGGGGAACAGAAGAACAGCCAAUGUCAGGAGUGUUGGUUAUUCUGACCUGUUCUGCCUCUCGAAAGAUGACCUGUGGGACGCUCUGACGGAGUAUCCUGACGCCAAGAAGUCCCUGAUGGAGCGAGGGCGUCAGCUGCUCAUGAAGGACGGGCUCCUAGACGAGGAGGCGCUGAAGGCGGCGCAGGAGCAGCAGGAGACCAUGACAGACAAGAUUAGUCGUUUUGAAACCUCCAUCGACACGCUAAACACCCGGCUGGCGAGACUGCUGGCCGAGUACUCCAGCGCUCAGCAGAAACUGAAGCAGAGACUCACUAAGAUUGAGCGUCGUCUGGAUUUCGACUGUGACGUCACCAACCCGGCAUCUCCGCGGUUGAGUCCCUAUUUCCCGUUGUCGCCCAGGACCGGCAUGACCCCCUCGCCCUUCCCGCUGGCUGCCACCCCGACGGCCCGACGAAAGGACGCCCUCUCCGUCGCCUCGGGUCCUCCUCCGCCCUCGGACGACGAGCCUCAGUCCCUGCCAUCCUCCACCCACCCUGUCAUCCCUGCCAACCGUGCCAACACCUCGGCUUCCCACGGCAGCGAGGCGACCGUGGUUGGCAAGAGCAGUCACCCCCUCCCCCAGCAGUGCUCCUCCCUCCCCCUCCCCACCCCCACGCUCCUCGUGCCUCCGUCGCCCUCUCGCAGGGACACCAUUUAA